CGUGUGUGUGGAGGAUAGGGGCUGCUGUUAGCAUUGGUCUGUGCCUCAUUCGUGCACAAGGUAAGGAAGAAGGGAACAGUGGAAAGCAAGUGUGUGCACAGGAAGCAUUAGCUAUACCUUAGUCAAAGAGCCAGCUGAGGUAGCUUCAGCCUUCAGCAUACGAGUGCCAUUAUGAUGAAUGUUUACAGCACUUCAUCGAGAGCCAAUUAUCCUUUUUGUGGGAGGCCUGAUGAUUUGCUCACACUGUGGCUUGUACAAGCAACAGUGGAUUCAGAAAUGGAGUAGCUGAAGGAAAAUUACUAUGAAGAGACAUUUUCAUAGAUAUUACAAGGAACAGUCGAUGCAUUAUUUCUACAACUUGUCCUGAAUGCGGGGAAACAGGUGAACAGGUGAACAGGUGCAGUCAUUGCCAAAAAGACCAUUUAAUGUUGGGAUAUUUGAAGUUAGAUUUAUCAUGAGACUGUAUUGGAAAUGUGCAGAGAAAAUGAGAUGUUUCCGGAAGCGUUCAACUAUUCCACUGCUAGCUCUCCUUGCAAUUUGUCUUCUUUUCCUCAAUCUGUUUUUGGAAGAGGACAGAUAUGUAAUGGAAGAAGGACGGAGGCUUUCGAGAGAAAUGACUUCCCAUCAACUUAACUCUGAAAAAUAUGUCCAUACUUUCAAAGAUCUAACUAACUUUUCUGGAGCAAUAAAUGUUACCUAUCGUUAUCUUGCAGGGUUUCCUAUAGCUAGAAAAAAAUAUUUAACAAUAGGACUCUCAUCUGUCAAAAGAAAAAGAGGUAACUACCUACUAGAAACAAUUAAAUCCAUUUUUGACCAAUCCAGCUAUGAAGAGCUGAAUGAAAUUAUGGUUAUUGUGCACUUAGCAGAGUUUGACCUGUCGUGGUGUGAAAAUAUCGUCCAAGACAUCUCCAGAAAAUUUGCCCACCACGUUAUUUCUGGUCGACUGAUGGUUAUUCAUACUGCUGAGGAGUACUACCCUAGUUUAGACGGCCUCAAAAGGAACUAUAAUGAUGCAGAAGAUCGUGUUAGAUUUAGAUCUAAGCAGAAUGUAGAUUAUGCUUUUCUACUUAAUUUUUGUGCUAAUUUAUCAGACUACUAUGUAAUGCUGGAAGAUGAUGUGCACUGCUCUAAAAAUUUCCUAUCUGCCAUUAAAAAAGUAAUUACCUCAAGAGAAGGCUCCUAUUGGGUGACACUAGAGUUCUCCAAGUUGGGAUAUAUAGGAAAGCUCUACCAUUCAUGUGACCUCCCACGACUGGCACAGUUUUUAUUAAUGUUUUAUCAAGAAAUGCCAUGCGACUGGUUACUCAUUCACUUCCAAGGAUUGCUCGUCCAGAAAGAUAUCAUCCGGUUCAAGCCUUCUUUGUUUCAGCACAUGGGCUAUUAUUCUUCCUUCAGAGGGACUGAAAACAAACUUAAAGACGAUGACUUUGAAGAGGACUCCUUUGAUAUCCCUGACAAUCCGCCUGCAACUCUUUGUACAAACAUGAAUGUGUUCGAGCACUAUGAUCCCAGUAAAGCAUACAGCAGCGUAGAGGAAUACUUCUGGGGGAAAUCGACUUCCGCUGGAGAUUACUUUGUUAUUGUACUUGACAAACCUGCUAAAAUUGAUAAACUGAAAAUCCAAACUGGCACGGAUGAUAGACAAAAUGACAUUUUGCAUCACGGAAGGCUGGAGGUGGGCCAACACUUGCUGAUAGUGAGAAAGGAAAAGCAUUGUUCUAGCUACACAACACUGGGGGAAUUUCAACGUGGAAACAUUGAGAUAAAGAAUAUUGGUCACAAGGUCAAAUUUGACAUUCACUGUAUCCGAAUACUGGUAACAGAAAAUCAAAAGGAAUGGCUGAUUAUUAGAAGUAUCAGCAUUUGGACCAGUCAGGCAACCAUUUAGAAGGUUAUCUCAUAAGAAUCAAUAAAAGGCUUUUGUAAAUCAGACUACAAAAUCAAGGCAGCUGCUCAAAAGGUAUCAUUUUGUGUACAUUGUCAUAAUAAAUGGUUUGGAAUUGAAGCACCUUAUUUCCUAAAAAAAAUCCCAAAAGGUUCAUUAUGAGAGAGAACUAAGAGUAUACUGGAAUAAUUGUGAAACUUAAAUGUGCGAUUCUCGUGACGAAUUGUUUAAGCAGCUCAUCUAUAUUUCCUAUCUGCUAUUUAGUGGAUGUCCUAGACAAGAACAUUAAUUGUCAAGCCCUUGCUAAAGCAGCAGAGAGGAGGUCUGGACAAAUUAUCAAGAAUUAGUGGUGUUCCACAGUAUAAAUUCAAACAUUUGUUGAUCUAUUUCUUCUGCUAUUUUAAAUUUCCCAAAAGUGGGUAUGUGAUUAAAAUUAACAUAAUUUAUUCUGAGGAACAGUUUAUAUUCUGCAGCAUUAUUUUUUCAUCUGGUUAAAUCUUAUUUUCACUCUAUAUGUGUAACAGAAUGUCGAUCUUGUGCAAAUUAAGUAUCAGACUGUUUAAAUUAUUUUCUACAGCAAUUGAAAUUUUAUUGAUGAGAUAUUCAUUCUGAAAGUCAAUUUCACAAUUAAGAUUAUCAAUAUAGUGGAACAUUUCUUGUUGGUUUCUUUAUAUGAACAAAAUGGAUGCUCUUUAACCAUGUCACAUUUCGAUAAGCAGUAAUUCACUAUGCUUUAUCUACUAAGACAAAAUUAUUGUCUUUCUACUCAAUAUAAAAAAAUAUAGUAGUUUAAAGUCAAGAAUAAUUUAAAAAAAUGAAAACCGACUGUCCAGUACAAAAGAUUUUGGAUUAUCUUGAAGGGAAUUUGAAAGUGAAAAUUUCUAAAAGUAUAUUUAUUUUUGUACGUCAUCAAUGUAAUGUUAAUCAUUUAGAAAAAGUUCAAUUUUGAUUCUUUUUGAAGAUUACUCAGUCAUUAUGAGUUUGCAGCUGUAAAGACAGAACAAAAAAAAAUCAUUUAUUUCUAUUGCCAAUAAGUAACCCCUAUAAGGGAUUCUAUUUGUUUUAGGUCAUCGACGCAUGCAAAUGGGAUGUAAUAGCUGGUAUAUUGAUGAUCAAAUAUUCCAUAUCGAAAACUCAGAAUGUCAUCCUAAUGUUACAAUUGGUAAUUCUGGUGCCACAACUCCAUACCUAUGUGUCCAUUACAUGGUCUCCCUUAAUCUAUGAAGAUAGUGGUGCUGCAGUAAAAGUCACACAUUAUUCAAUAAUUACAUGCAAGUUAAAAGCCGCAAAAAAAAAAUUCAAUAUAGUAAGAAUUAGGUGAAGGGCCUUUGCAUACCUUUCAGAAAAACAGCCUAAAUGCUUUCAAUAUUAAUUAAUGAAAUAAGCCAUUGAGCUUUGCAAAUGGUACAAAUAGAUAUUUCUCAGCACUGUGGAAUGUGAAAAAGAAUUAACUCCGAUAUUAAUUAUCCUAUUUAAUAUUUCCGAACACUGAGACAAAUGUCAGAUAUGGUAUACCACCCACCUGACUUCAGUUUGUGAGACAGGCUUCUGAUUUUGCAAUAGUGUUAAUCUAUAGUGACUGGUGUAAAUGGUCAUUGCACCGGCUGAUAGCACAAAAGGUAGCAUUGAUCUGCAUUCUCCACAGUUUCCUCCUCAUCCCCACUUUUGCAAUGCCAUCCGACAGAUGAAACUUGUGUGCCUCCAAUCAACAUGGUCGCUGAAUGACAUUUGAACGUCCAAGUCUGUCAAACUUUCCUUUGUUGAAGGGCAAAGAUGGGCGGAGAUGGUAUUUCCCCAGUUGGAUUCUUGCUCCCACAAUGAAAGGACAAUAGUUCUAAAGGCCACCAGGAUGAGAAGAUUAAAUCUCCUUCUCACAUUUGUCUGUUCAUCGAGGAAAAGUCACCAGUCUGCAUUACUAUUGUGUAUUUCUCACUUAAUUGUACCAAACAAAGAACAGUAAUGUCAAUAAAAACUUGGGAACAAGCAGUGUAAAUCAAGCCCUAGAGGCUUAUAUAAUUGCAUUUUGUAACAAAAUACUACUUGUCUGUCCAGAAAUUGUAAUUUGAUUUGUAUCGUCAGAUACAAUAAUUUAUGGUACGUCCUUGAAUGUGUUUUAUCUUAACUUUUGUAGGCAAUGUGUCAACUGUUUUUGCACUUUGUUCAGUGAUCAGUUUGUGAAGUCUUUUGACUGUAAAAGAUGUUUUACUGUAAAAUAAUUCAGAUCUGUUUUGAAGUGGUUUGCAACAGCAAAAAUAUAGCCACAUGAUGUUUCACAA